AUGGCUCCCACCACCCUUGAAACCGCCCAGGAUGACGGUGUCGUCAUCGGCCUCAAGUCACUCUCGAAUGUCGAACAACGACUUGAAAUCGAUGAGCUUCUCGUCGAGCAUCCUAAUGUCUUCAAUUUAUUCUUGCUGGCUCUCGAACGUCUUCAACAAGACCAGAGCAAGAUGGGGUACUUCAAAAUAGCUGGAAUACAUGGUCUCCCCACCGAGAACUGGGACAAUGUCCAAGGCGACACGGAAGAAGUUGGUGGCUACUGUACUCACGGCUUCAAUCUUUUCCCAACGUGGCACCGGCCGUAUCUCGCUAUGAUGGAGCAAACGAUCUACAACACUGCUGGCGAGAUCGCGAAAGAAUUCAAAGACCAAAAGUACCUCAAAGCAGCGAAGCAGUUCCGCCUGCCCUACUGGGACUACUUCAAACCGCGCGAGCAGAAGGACGUUGUUUUCACUCGUCCUAAUGGCACGAAGGCCACCUUUCCAUACGACUUCCGCCUUCCUGAGGUGCUGAAGCAAGACAAGUUGAUGGUCUACAGGCCUGGCAACGAAGAGCAACUGGAGCCGAUGGACAACCCGCUCAAAAGCUUCCGGUUCCCCAAGAAAGGCAACAUUCCGUUGUCCCAAUGGCAAGUGAUGGAAGAUAGUGCAAAGGCGGAUGGGGCAACCUUCACCCUCCCCCAAGAUCACACUGUGCGCCACGCUCUCGAUCACGGCAACGGCAAAGACAACUUCGAGGAGCUCGACACCGUGCUGAACAAAGCGCGGGAACAGAUGGUGAUUACCAUGCUCGACCUGCUCGAGGUGCCCCAUUACGGCGUGUACGACUACUUUGCAACGACGGGGCCUUCACUGGAGGAGCCUGACCCAAAUGCACCGAGCGGCUCGCUUGAGGGCUUUCAUGACACAUACCAUGGCCACAUCGGAGGCGCAGGACAUAUGUCCCGGAUCCCAGUUGCGGCGUUCGACCCGGUGUUCUGGCUGCACCACUGCAACAUCGACCGCAUCUUUGCAGUCUGGCAAGCGACGCAUGAUAAGUACAUCACCGAUGGACCCUCAUAUCCCAACGCUGCAACCAAUCUCUACCCCUUCCGCUACAUCGACAAAGCAUCCGGCAAAAUGUGGACGAGCGCCACCGCCCGCAAUCACACCGACUUCGGCUACACCUAUCCCGACCUGGUCAACAAACCCAAUCGCCAAGCCAUCUUGAAAGACUUUGAUGCAAAUUACCGCUGGAGCUUGCCGCGCAAGGCGCGGAUGGACAACAAGUUGGUCGUUCCCAAAGACAUGCAGCCCAACAACCAACAGGUAGUGGCCGCGCAGGUCUUCGAUUACACAGCGGCAGAACUAGUAGGGGGGGCAGUCAGGCAAGCAGCGCCGAAGAUUAUGGAGGCCGCCGGUAGGGUGGCCAACACUGGCUUCGCCACUACCGCCAGCGCAGGCCAUGGCCCCCCUGGUGGGCCUGAGCAUGUGCCAUCAUUUGACCGUGGCCAUGAGAUCUUAAAGGAUGAGCCUGAGGGCAGCAAGUUGGUGCUGCAGUGGUACAUCGACACUGUAGUUAACAAGACCGCUCUCAAUGGUUCCUUCACCAUCUUUUUCUUCCUCGGACCCCGCAGCGAAAUCCCUUCCAACCCCAACCAGUGGCAGUCCUCCCACAUUCUUGCCGGAACUACGCAUAUCUUCAGCGCGCCGAGGGAGGCGUGCGAUAACUGCGCGCUUCAGGAGCAACAUGGGCAUCGAGUGACUGGCACAACUGCAAUCAAGCCGAUUCUGCUCGACUACAUUGAGGCGGGUCAGCUGCAGAGCUUGAGCCCGCGUGAUGUCGUGCCGUUCUUGAAGAAGGAGUUGGUGUGGAGGGUUGCUGAUGUCAACCGUCAGCAAAAGGAUCCGGCGAGGGUGGAAGGAUUGAGGGUGGAUGUCAGUGCCACUGUAUCGGUGCUUAGGCCGGACUCAACGAUUCCAAGAUUCAAGGAGCCAUUGACCUUCCCAGAGGUGACGGAGGGCCGCUCUGGCGGGGAUCCGGUUUAA